AUGGCACUGGACAAGGUGGUCCGGACGCUCAUCAACUACUUCAGCGGGGCUAGCGCGUGGCCUGUCCGAGAGAAGUUCGCCCGGCUAGUGCAGGUCACCACAGUGCUCAACCUGGAACGGGCGUCCGACCUCAAUGAGUUUUCCAACCCGGACAGUGGCAUGCGGUUCUCGUGGAAGCUGACGCCCGACUGCAUACGGCAGAUACUCAGGCUCCGGGUCGACUUCCGGGAAGACGACAUACGCAAAGUCCAGCUGUAA